UUUAAAACUCAUCCCACUUUUCCAAACCCGAGUCAAACCUGUUGAGUUUGUGAAGGGUGUUGGCGUCGCUGCUGGAACUCUGGGAGCCGCUUCCUCGUUUUUCUUUCCGACAGAUCCAGCGACUAAAGAGGUAAACAGCUUGAAGAUGUCAAAGAUCAGCGCUUUGGUGUUGAUGGCAAUUAUGUCGGUGGUGUUUGCAGAAGAAGAGAACCAGGAAGAGGACCCUUUUACCUUUGACUACCACAGACUGCGUGUCGGAGGCCUUAUUCUCGCUGCCGUCCUCUGUCUCAUCGGCAUCACCAUUCUACUCAGUGGCCACUGCAGGUGCAAGUUCAACCAGAACAAGAGGAGGAGAGCAGCAAGCGGUGCCCAGUCGAUGCUCACUGACCAAGGUCGUGCUUGUGAUUGUUAGACACAACCAGAACUCAGCACCACACAGACUUCUGGACCCUGCAACCAACAGAUAAGACGUCGAUGGGCGGGAGCGAUUUUUGUGAUGAGUCUUUAGUUUGUGUUAGAAAAAGCAACAGGAGGUUGUGUGUUGUCUACCCGCUGUGAUGUGCGAUGCUUUGUGCCUGUAAAAACUCAGAUCCACACUAAACCGCUGAAAUCAGAAAACAUCCCUUUACAUAUAAAACCUCGCAGAAAAUUCACUGCUCGCGGGAUCUUCACUGAAUCAGAAAUCAGCCGCACUGCCUCAGUCAAGUUGGGAUUUUUAUCAUCGUGAGUUUGCUGUAAGAAAAAUAAUGCUCUUUAGUGACAUUUUAUUUGUUACGUUACGCUGUACUUCCCUCAUUUAGAAAA